AUGGGCAACGACACCUCGGCACCCAAGAAGCUGUUCGAGCAGCUCGACAAGACCAAGGAUGGCGUGCUCACCCUCGACGACCUCCUCAACGGCAAUUUUGCACAGUCGCCCCUCCUUCUCUUCCGUUUCGAUGAUGGAGAGGACGGUGCGCUCGACAGAGAGGAGUUUGAGAAGUGGGUGCGGCACAUGCAAGCGCACAAGAAGAAGCACAAGAAGAAGCGGCGCACCGAAAAGAAGAACCAGGACAAGGAGAGGAAGAACAAGGACAAGGACAAGAAGAAAAAGCGGCGCAAGGACAAGGACAACAACAAGCCCGAGGAAGAUGAGGACUUCUCGCGAGCAUGGACGACCCUCGACGAAAACGCCGCAUCCAAGCUGAAGCUGUCGCGCAACUCGGAGACGCCGUGCAUCAUCGGGCAGGGCUCCCCUCAGCUCUCCCACCUCGAAAGCCAGCUGGGCGGGCUGUCUCGUCGCUCGGACGAGCUGCAGGUGCUGCUUUCGGAGGAGGCCAAGGCCUUCCUGAUCAACCUCCUGCGCCGCAGCGAGGGCCGCAAGCGCUACAUGGACUGGCUCUUCCGCCUGGCCGACGUGGACAAGGACGGGGACAUCGAAGUGGAGGAGCUCAACCUCAUCCUCAAGGCCCUGGAGAAGGACGGCAUCCGCAUCUCCGACCUCUCCUAUGAAAAGUGCAUCGACCCGACCAAGGUGGGGCAGCGCCUGCUGGAGGAGUACGCCACCAACAAAUCGGGGACCCUCACGCGCGAGGAGUUCAUGGUCCUCGCAGACCUCAUCAUGCGCCACUACGAGGAGGGCUAUGCCCGCACGCGCAAGCGGAGGAUCGGGAGAUACGAGCUGAAACGAAAGCUGGGCAGCGGGGCCAACAGCAUCGUGCGUUUGGCCAUCAACACGGAAACGGGGGAGAAGAAAGCGAUCAAGGUCAUCAAACGGGGCGACGUCAGCGACAUGUCCCGCGUCGACGUGGAACUCAAGGCGAUGAUGAUGCUCGAUCACCCCAGCAUCGUCAAACUCAAUGAGGUGCUGGAGAACGAGGAGUACGUGUUCUUCGUCAUGGAGCUCUGCGGUGGUGGUUCCCUCUCCAACUACGUCGAAAUGAAGCCCCUUUCCGAGCGGCUCGCCAGAUACUACAUGCCCCAGCUGAUCAAGGGCCUCAAAUACUGCCACAACAAGGGCGUGUGCCACCGAGAUCUCAAGCUGGAGAACCUGCUCAUCGACAACAACGGGCACCUCAAAAUUUCGGACUUUGGUCACGCCGGGAUCUACAAGGAGGGGUGGGACCUCUUCAACACGCGACUCGUGGGCAGCCUCUACCACCUGUCGCCGGAGCAGGUGCAGGGCCAGUGCUACUCCGGCGAAAAGAUCGACAUCUGGGCACUCGGCGUCAUCCUGUAUCGUCUGCUGGCCGGCAAGCCUCCGUUCUUUUCGCGCAACCCGCAGGAGUUCCUCAGCUGUGUGGCGCAGGCGCGCUUCGAAAUGCCGGAGCGGCUGUCUGCGGACGCCAAGGACCUCAUCGACAUGAUCCUCCAGCCGGAUCCCGCAAACCGCCCCUCGUGCUCCAAAAUCCUCAAGCACCCUUGGUUUGACGGACCCAUCAAGGAGCCGGCCCUCGCCCGCUAUGUCUUGCAAUUGGAUAGCCGAUUCGAGGACUACACGAUGCCGUGGAACCGCAUCCGCGAGAUCGUGGCGGGGCUCAACAUCCACCUCUUCCCGGCGGCACCCACCAAGAGGCACCACUUGCUGAUGUACAAGUGCGUGUACACCAAGAAGGAGCUCAAGUUCUCCAUCACCCUCAAGAAGCGCAAAUACUCCAAAGGGAACCCCUACAUCGAGUUCAACCUCCACGAGGGAGAGGGCUGGGAGUUCAACGAGGCCGUCUACAAGAUACGCGCCACGUUCCGCCGAUGGAAAAAGAGCGUCUUCCCUCCGGGCUCCGCUCGUAACGAAAGCAGCGACAGUAGUAGCAGCAGCAGCAGCGACACGGACGACACGAGUAGCAGCAGCAGCGACAGCGAUAGUGAUAGCAGCAGCAGCAGCUCCAGCAGCAGCACUAGCGACGAGCGCCACAAGAGGAGGGGAUCCCGAAAGCAUACCACGGGGACAUCGGCCUCCUCGUCGUCCGCUUCCUCCUCCAACACCGAAGAGGAGGACGAGGACGAGGAGGAAGGCGAGAGCCGCCAGCCGUCGAGAGAGGGUCCAUCGCCAACGGCAGCUGCCGCUGGUGGCGGUGGUGGUGGGACAGAGUGCGCGUCCCCCGCCGCGCGCCCGCCUCGCCGCACCAACGUCGGCAGCGGCAGCAGCAGCAGCAAGACCGCCAACCCGGACGCCCACGAGCGGCCAAAAAGACCGCGUGAUCGACAGAACCCCGCGAUCGCCGCCGCCGCUGCUGCCAAGGAGCGUAAGGCCUCGAAAGAAUGCGAAGCCGACAGCAGUGCCGCCGACAGCAGUGCCGCCGACCGCAGCCGCUCCAAAGGCAACGGCGCCAGGAGAAGUGGCGGCAGUGAGGACGAGAGGGAGGACGACGGCGAGGUGGGCUUCUUCAAGAAGCCGCCAAAGCGCGGCGGCCUGCGCGACCAGCCUGCUGUGGAAGGCGACAGAGUCGCCGAGGUCAGCGCCGGCAGGGCGACGCCAGACCACCAGAACGCUGGCGAGGCCGACACCAUCGUGGCUCAGGCUCGCAAACGAUCGACGGGUGAGGACCAAGGGCAGCAGCAGCACAGCCGAGUGGAGUCGCCGGUGGUGGGCUUGGCCGCGGCGGGGGCGGCAAUGCAGAAGCGGUCGUCCAAACCGCCAGCCCACGACUACCACGAGACCACGGGACCGCAAAAGGCCAAGCCCUCCGCUCACGCCCGGGCCGCCGAAGACGAGGCCCACGCGGAGCCGGGCGACGGAGGAGGCGCCGCCACCACCGGCGGCGGCGGUGGCAAAGGAGAGGGCGGCGACAACGGCGGUGUGCCGUCGGUCACCGACACCGAAGGCUUCGCCGACGAUGAGGACGACACCACUGACGACGAUUCAGCCGCGGACGGCGCGAAGGCCUCGGGUGGAUCCCACCGCACCAGCACGGCCGUGGCGCGAGGACGAGGAGCCGGCGCAACGCCGCAGGGCGGAGGAAAGAGGGGGGCGUCUUCGGCUCUGCCUGCUUUCCCACGAAGCGCGGCUUCGUCGGACGAGGAGGAGGAAGGCAACGAGGCCGACGAGGAAGACAACGACUGGGACGGAGAGGACGAGGAGGAGAGCGAGGAGACCUCUGAGCAGGAGGAGCACGACGACCCGCACGAAGGCCACGAAGAGCUCGAACUGUCGCUGGCGGAGAGGGACCAGGACGAGGAGGAGGCCGAUGAGCCCUAG